GGCCUGCAUUCUGCAUCAAAGCAUCCACCGAACCGGGGUGGAAACUGGGAUAGUUCAGGACGGUGCUCGCGAGAAUGCAUCUCCGGCCCCGGCUGCAAUACUGUGCAUGCUGCUCACCAGCGCCAGCGUAAUGCUCCGUCGUGGCCAGCCAAUCCCGGUUUUCCUAAAUCGGCCAUUUCGUUGUAAAUCUCUGGUGUUCAAGUAAAACCAAAUGGGGAAGGUGGUCACAUCUAAUGCGAGACCAGCACAAAAAGUGAGAGAGGCUAAGAAGAUAAAAAGAGAAAAAGAGAUGCGUUGUUGAGCGUGUGUGUGCGUGUGUUUGCAUGAAUGCUGUGCUUCCGGUGUGAGCGUUCCCUUUUCGGCGUGCACGCUGGUAGCUCCCCGGGAGAAGAUUUUUCCGGAAGCAGCAAGCUGCAACCGACGGACGACUUCGAGUGAACCGGCGGUGGUAAAAUGUAAAAAUCGGAGAGCGACAGCGUGUGAAUGUAACCGCCCGGUGCAAGUGAAAGAGCGCUAGUACAAUGUGUGGUGUGUGCGAAUGUUGGCUAUUAUCCUUUGGGAAGGGUGGAAUAGCGUAGGAAGAUGGGAUGCUGCAAAACCGAAGAGGUGGAGGAAAUGCUCUGUUGCGUUCGGCUGGAAAUUUUCCGUGCGCUCCGGCCAGUACCAACAGGACCGUGUCCUUCGUGCAAAGUCUGCCAGUGCUUGCGAGGUCUGAAUCGAAAAAUUCAACCGUGUGUUCCGUUUCCCAGACGGUUGAUCAGUUGAUGCAAAGUGCCACUGUGGUAACCUAGGGGAGACCGAAAGUGUAAAAAGUGACUUCGUUAAAUACGGAAAAGAAAGAUUAAAACAACAGUACCUGUGGGAAUAUAUUUCUAAUCGAAAAGAAGAAAACAAAGAAGAAAAGACGAAGGAAAAGAAGAAAAGAGCAGUCAUAAUGCACGAGGAAGCCACCUCGACGGCCAGUUCGUCCUCGCCGUCCUCUAACAUCGUGUACGCCAACGGUGGCGGCCUGCUCAUCUCCACCUCGCCCACGCCCGGCCCCGGUGGGGCCUCCUCGUCGUCCUCUUCCGCUGCGUCGUCCACGGUCACGCUGUACGAUGUGGUGGUGCCGCAGGACCUACAUGACACGGCCACCUUCCACAGUCAUCAGCAUCUCCAGCAGCAGCAGCAGCAACAUUCGCAGCAGGCGUUGCAGUUGCCACAGACACCCGGGUUGACAACCGGAGUAACGAAAAUCAUCGUUACCGGAAAUGGUGCUGGAACGCACCACAGUCUUCAGCAGCACCAGCAUUUGCCACAAGGCCAACUGCAGCAGCAUCAUCAUCAGCAUCACCAAAACCAUCUGCAGCAUCAGCAGCAACACCAGGUGCACCAUCAGCAUCACCUAAACCAACACCAUCAUCACCAUCACCAACAGCAGCAGCAGCAGCAGCACCAUCAUCAACAUCAUCAUCACCAUCAUCAGCAUCAGCCAAGUUCCUCGACGAAUGUGAUCGUCAGCGGCUCGAGUUCCGUGCCGGUUGCCUCCUCGGGUGUGUCGGACCUGCUGCUCGGCCAGGACCCGAUCACGACAACGACGACGACGGCGACGGCCAGCACGGCCAUUGCCACUCUCAUCGCACUCGGCCCGGACGAUGUGGUGGAUUCCGUCAUCGAGGGUACGGUCGUGACGGAGGACGAUGCGUUGCUGAGUACGGAUAGCCUUCAGCUGGCAGCUUCACUCGCCGCAUCCAGUGUUGACGCGAGCGGCACCGUUGUGGACGAGGUGGGCGAAGUCGUUGGCUCACUGGUGGCUGGUGGUGGUGUUGGAAGCGCUCCGGUCCUCUGUGCAGAUCUUCAUCAUCAACAGCCGCAGCAACAAAGUCAACUCCAGCUGCAGCAACCCAGCAGUUCCUCCUCGUCCAGUAUUACGAUCGUCUCGGAGACGACGAUCCUUCCCAUAGGUGGCGGUGGUUCGUCCUGCAUCCUGGCUCAGACCUCUUCCCCUGCGUCAUCGUCUAGUGUCGCCUCGUCAUCCACGUCCUCCUCGUCCUCGUCGGCUACUUCUUGCGCCUCAUCAUCGGCUUCGUCCUCGUGCUCGAUCGGGAGCACCACCACCAACACCACCCACGCGACGAUGGUGGCGGUUACCGUCGGGAGCAGCAGUGGUGGUGGUGGUGGUGGUGCUGGCGUUGGGAACGGUUCCAGUGCGGAGGAGGGUUCCUGCGUCGUUAUUUCGGAGCUGUCGGGCAAUAACGACGCCGUACACCUGACCGAGCCGAUCGAGGUCAAGAUUCCGGAGGACGACGAGGGUGGCAGCUACGCCGAGGAAUCCGACGGCGGAGGUGGUGGCGGCGGCGGCGGUGGCGGUGCUAGCGGUCCCUACCACCAUGGUGUGGACGGCGGCGGCGGUGGUGGCGGUGGCGGCGGCGGCGGUGGCAACGGUGGCGGCCAGAACGGACCGGGCCAGUCCACCGGGGGAACGUCGGCUUCGGCGGCGGCGGCGGCAGCGGCGGCGGCGGCCAACUAUCUGGCAAUACCGGCCUCAGGUACUAGCGGUGGUAGUAAUUGUAGUAGUGGCGGGGGCGCGUCCGGCGGCAGCCUCAUUGAGCACUCAACCGCACUCAAUAGUCUGAGCGUCGUGUCCGCCAUCCAAUGCGACCAAACUGAUUUGAAAUAUUUCAUUGAAGAGCUGUGCCCGGUGUGCGGCGACAAGGUGUCCGGCUACCACUACGGGCUGCUAACGUGCGAGUCGUGCAAGGGCUUCUUCAAGCGCACCGUCCAGAACAAGAAGGUCUACACGUGCGUCGCCGAGCGCCAGUGUCACAUCGACAAGACGCAGCGGAAGCGCUGCCCCUACUGCCGUUUCCAGAAGUGUCUCGAGGUCGGCAUGAAGCUGGAAGCCGUGCGAGCCGAUCGGAUGCGCGGCGGAAGGAACAAGUUCGGUCCCAUGUACAAGCGGGACCGGGCGCGAAAGCUGCAGAUCAUGCGCCAGCGUCAGCUCGCCCUACAGGCCCUGCGCGGCUCGAUAGGAGGAGGUGUCGGCAUCGGAACGCUAGGCUCGGACGGAACCUCGCCACAGCUGCAGGGCCUGGACUACCACCAGCCGUACUCGAGCAUGCACAUUAAACAGGAAAUUCAGAUUCCACAGGUAUCUUCGUUGACAUCAUCGCCAGACAGCUCGCCGAGCCCGAUCGCGAUCGCACUCGGUCAGGUCAAUCCGCAGACGACGAUAUCGCUCAGCAGCAGUGGAGUGGGCGGCAACGGUGGUGGUGGCGGCGGUGGCGGUGGUGGUGGGGGCGGUGGCGGCGGCGGUGGUGGUAGCAAUGGGUCCGGUGCCGGCACCGGCAGCUCCAACUCCAGCUCCACCGGUCUCCCGAACCCGCUGUCCGACUCGAAGCUCUGGAUGAGCGCCAACUCGACGACCGCCUCGCCACACUCUCUCAGCCCGAAGGCCUUCAGCUUCGACUCCAAUCCCACCAGCACGGCCGACUCCGGCAACCCGGCCGACACCCUAAGGGUAUCGCCGAUGAUCCGCGAGUUCGUCCAGUCGAUCGACGACCGCGAAUGGCAGACGUCGCUGUUCUCGCUGCUCCAGAGCCAGUCCUACAAUCAGUGCGAGGUCGACCUGUUCGAGCUGAUGUGCAAAGUAUUAGACCAAAAUCUUUUCUCGCAGGUCGACUGGGCGCGGAAUACGAUAUUCUUCAAAGAUUUAAAGGUGGACGAUCAGAUGAAGCUGCUGCAAAACAGCUGGUCGGACAUGCUAGUGCUGGACCACAUACACCAGCGGUUGCAUAACGGGCUGCCGGACGAAACCACCCUGCACAACGGGCAGAAGUUUGAUCUCUUAGGUUUAGGGCUGCUGGGCGUACCGAGCCUGGCGGAACACUUCAACGAGCUGCAAAACAAGCUGCAGGAGCUUAAGUUUGACGUCGGGGACUACAUCUGCAUGAAGUUCCUGCUGCUGCUUAAUCCCGACGUCCGGGGGAUCACCAACCGCAAGACAGUCGUCGAGGGGUACGAAAACGUGCAAGCUGCCCUGCUGGACUAUACCCUUACCUGCUACCCGUCAGUGCCUGACAAGUUCAGCAAGCUGCUAAGUAUUAUUCCGGAAAUUCACGGAAUGGCUGCCAGAGGCGAGGAACAUCUGUACAUCAAACACUGCGCCGGAAGUGCCCCGUCGCAGACGCUGCUAAUGGAGAUGCUCCAUGCGAAGCGGAAAUGAACCGCUCGUCCACGGAUCGAACCGGAUCAUCUUCAUCAACAGCAGCUGCGGCGGCAGUGGCAACGGCUUCCGCAACUCGGCCGGCAAUUACCAUCACAUCACACGCCACCGAUCGGAGGGUGGCAUCAGAUGGAGGAGUGAUCGCCCCACGACGCCACACGAGUCCUGAAACAGACAGACGACCGAGGGAUGACGAAAUUCUAUUGCGACGAGUACUACUACGGGGGGGAGAGAGAGGGAAAGCCACUUGCAGUACGGCCACUUCCCAGCAUCGCGAUUUCAGUAUUUUUCUCCGUUGUCCUCCCCUCAACACCCGGGAGUCCCUUUAGGGAACAGGGGGCCGCAGUCCGUGUUAAGAACCCGCGCUUGUACAUAUGAAAAGAAAAAACAACAUUAGGUGACACGAGCAGUUCCCUGCGCCUUCAAGAACAGACACACAAACAAACACACGCAAAUUGUCAUUUAUCGUUUUUUUUAUUUUUUAUUGAAAUCUUGUCCGCUUGCGUGUGUGCUGCUGCACCGAUCAGGUGAUCUUUUUCGCACUGCAGAAGUCGAUCCACGCUCUUUGAAAAUGCAAAAUUUUUCGAUAUACUUAUACUUUUUUAAUUCUACACGUUAAGUACACACCAUAGUUGCGGUAAAGUCUCUUUUUAAACCCCGAAUCGUCGCGACUAGUUUUUUCUUGUUUUGUUUUUCUUUGUUUAAGGUGGUAUUAAGGGUUAGUUUGUAGGGAUUAUAGUGGUAGAUAUUGUUGUGUCGAUCAUACCACGCUGGCGUUGGCAGAAACGCAGAAAAAACGAUGCAAAAAGAGCACCACGAAUGCUUAUCCACUCCUAUUAAUGAGAAGUAAAAGGCAUGCAGAAAAUAAUUAAGAUUAUCAUCAAAGAAAGGGGCGUGCUGUAGGAAGGCUCGAAAAUAUAAACAUAUAUAAAAGGGAUACAUAUUGUGAACCAAGGUGAUUUAGGAGAAAACUAACAAAUUAUUGCAGAAAAAUCCAUUCGGAGGCUCCGACACACGCGAGCUUGCGAUGGGGAAUUGUUCCCUCUGUUCGGUUCUUUUUGUUUUCAUCUCUUACGGACCCGUGAGCAGUAAGUGCAAUGUCAAGUCAUUUUACAAGAAGAUAAUGAAAACGUCGUAUUCCUUUUUUUUCGGAGAUUCACGAAAGCUUUGCUCCGGAAGAGAGUAUACAGCAUCAUAACCACAAGAACAUUCGUUACCAUUGCAUCUCAGAGGAAGUGGGAAUAAGAUUUUUAUUUCUAUUUAUUGUUUACGUGGAGCGAAGUUUUGUUGCAGGUUUAAAAUACGGUAGCCAUCUACCAUGGCGCCCAUGCAGAAAGUUAUUUUAUUAUCAGCACCUCAAAGAAGAAUAGGCCCAUUCACGGAGGUACGCUUGAAUCCACACUUACCCGCCAUAAAAGUAUGUUGUUUUUUUUCUAAAGAGGCAAUUAGUAAAACCAUUGGUAAUUCGUAGAGGCGAAACUAACAGAAAGCAUUAUCUAAAAACCAAAAAUAAAAAUCGCACACACCAA